GUGCACGGCGCCCACUUGACAUGAUUCUAAAACCCCUUGAAAAGGCCACUGCUGAUUUUAUAAAUAAAGGAAAUCAUGGAAUCUAAUUUUUCAUCACCACAUUAGAGCUUAAGGUUUCUGGUUUUUGGUAGUAAUAGUCAUGGCUCAGCUUGCUCAGCUUUCAAAGCUCGAGAGGCAGAUAGGGAUCAAAACAACUCCAGACAAGUUCUACAGCUUCUUUAAAAACAAUAUGCCCCGUUUCCCUCAGAUGUUCCAGAGCAACAUCAAGAGCUUUGAAGUUGUAGGAGGUGGUGAGGUCAAAACUGGCUCUAUCACCAGCUGGAAAUAUUGCCUUGACGGAAGUCCAUUGAUGGGAGGAAAAGUAAGGUUUGAAACUAUGGAUGAUGCAAGGAAGACAUUUGUAUUUGAUGUCGUUGAAGGGGAUGUUUUGAAGGUGUAUAAGAGUUUCAAGGCCAAAGUUGAGAUUGGUUCUGACUGCGUGAAAUGGACUUUGGAGUAUGAGAAGACAAACAAUGAUAUCCCCAAUCCAGAUGCCUACUUGGGUCUAGCUGCCAAGAUUUCCAAAGGAAUAGAUGUUCAUCUUUGCCAAUAAGUCUUUUUACUCUAUAUUAAAGUGGAUGCUAAAUUUUAUAUGCUCUUGUAAAAAAAACAACAGAGAUAUCUUGAUGCUUAUUUUUUUGCUUUUUCUUAUA